UAUUGAGUUCUUUACAUGAAUUUACGACAACCGGAAGCAGAAAUUAUUUAUCAAAGAUGGAGGAAUCAGAACUUCACACAGACAUAUGUCGUGUCUGUCGGUGUGAGAGCACACCAGAUAAACCUUUGUAUCAUCCAUGUGUAUGCACAGGAAGUAUACGAUACAUUCACCAAGACUGCUUGGUGCAGUGGUUGAAAUACAGUAGGAAGGAGUAUUGUGAAUUAUGUAAACACAGAUUUGCCUUUACCCCAAUUUAUUCCCCUGAUAUGCCAAAGAGACUGCCAAUACGGGACAUCUUUGGUGGAUUAUUGUCCAGUAUUGGCCGGGCCGUGCGCUACUGGUUCCAUUACACACUGGUGGCGUUUGCCUGGCUUGGAGUUGUUCCCCUUACUGCUUGUCGGAUUUACCGCUGUCUGUUCACGGGAUCUGUAAGCUCUCUGCUGACGCUACCUCUGGAUAUGUUGUCAACGGAGAAUCUGGCCUCUGACUGCUUUCAUGGCUGUUUUGUGGUGACCUGCACUCUGUGUGCUUUCAUCAGUCUGGUUUGGCUGAGAGAGCAGAUUCUACAUGGAGGGGGGCCAGAAUGGCUCGAACAAGACAAUCAACGAAGGAAUAACAAUAGGAACCCAUUAGAUGGAGGUGUUGUCAAUAACCUGGUGGGGUUAGGAGGCAGAGUAAGACCAGCAGCAGCCAAUCAGAAUGAGGGUAACAAUGCAGGAGAUGAACAGCCCGCAGCCAAUGAAGAUGAGCAAGAGGAAGACGGGGCAGAGGGAGUGGAAGGGGCAAACAAUGGGAAUAAUGGGGCUCAAGAUGACAAUAAUUGGAAUCCCAUCGAGUGGGAUCGGGCAGCAGAGGAGCUGACGUGGGAGCGCCUGCUGGGAUUAGAUGGAUCCCUGGUGUUCUUGGAACAUGUUUUCUGGGUGGUGUCAUUGAACACUCUGUUCAUUCUUGUGUUUGCAUUUUGUCCUUAUCAUAUUGGUCACUUUACAAUGGUUGGAUUGAAAAUGGAUGACAUGGUGGAAUCAACCCACUUUGAAGGCCUCCUGACCACAAUGAUAGGCUACAUAGUCAUCUCUGCCUCCCUGAUUGUUCUGUACAUGAUGUGUUCUAUUGCUAAACUCAGAAAGUUCCGUCGAGUGCUUGGUCUGUGUUAUGUCGUCGUCAAGGUGAUGUUGCUGGUUGUCAUAGAAGUGGGCGUGUUCCCUGUCAUAUGUGGCUGGUGGCUGGACAUUUGUUCCUUGUCCAUGUUUGAUGCGACACUGAAGGAUAGAAAGAACAGCUUCCACGCGGCUCCCGGGACCUCCAUGUUCAUCCACUGGCUGGUGGGGAUGGUGUACGUGUUUUACUUUGCCUCAUUCAUCCUCCUCCUCAGAGAGGUCCUCAGACCAGGGGUCCUUUGGUUCCUCAGGAACCUCAAUGACCCAGAAUUCAACCCCAUACAGGAGAUGAUUCAUCUACCAGUGUACCGACAUGCAAGAAGAUUUCUAGCAUCUGUUGUCAUCUUUGGCAGCACCGUGCUCCUGAUGUUAUGGCUGCCAGCCAGGGUCAUACGGAAGGUCUUUGCUUCCUUUCUCCCAUAUCAUGUUAUGUUGUCAAGUGAUGCUCCGGUCAGUGAACUCUCCCUGGAGCUCCUCCUGUUACAAGUGGUGCUCCCCGCCCUCCUGGAGCAGGGCCACACACGCAUGUGGCUGAAGGGUCUGAUCCGGGGCUGGACCGUUGGGGUAGCAUAUCUCCUGGGCCUCAGGUCCUACUUAUUGGGGGACACAGUCAUACAAGAUGGGGAUAAUGUUGUUGAGGGUGAGCCAGCUGUUAACCCCCAGCCUGCAGCAGCCAAUAACCCCGCCCCACCUCCCGCCGGUGGGGGACUGAGAGCCGCCCAUGUGGCCAUGUUACAAGGAGGGGGCCCAACAGGAUUCCAGUCCUACAAGAGACCACCCCUCUUUCCUUUCAGAAUUGUGUUGCUGGUCCUGUGUCUGUGUUUCACUCUCUUCUUCAUGAGUCUGGUCUCCUUAGUACUACCUGUGUUUGUUGGGCGUAAGUUGAUGUCGCUUUGGAUGGGUGAAGCCAAGAUUCAUGAGCUGUACACGGCAGCAUGUGGUCUCUAUGUGUGCUGGGUGGUGCUACGAAUCGGGACCGUCCUGUAUAACUGGAUCCCCCAGGGAACCUCGGUCAUCCUCAACAAGGUCAAGGAGUGGGUCUUUCUGGUCAGUCACAGUUCUCAGCUCCCUAGAAUAAAAGGAGCAUCUAAAUGCAUUCUGGUGGCAUUUCUGUUGAUUGGAGUGGUACCAUUGUUGCUAGGACUGUUGUUUGAGUUAGUGGUGGUGGCACCACUUAGAGUACCACUGGAUCAAACACCCAUAUUUUUCCCAUGGCAGGACUGGGCACUUGGUGUACUACAUGCAAAGAUAGUGACCGCCGUGACAAUGAUGGGUCCCCAGUGGUGGCUAAAGAGGGUCAUAGAGCAGGUGUAUAACGAUGGUAUACGUAAUAUAAAUCUUCGUUUUAUUCUGACAAAGUUAUGCGCCCCAGUUAUUGGGGUGUUGGGGAUGUCACUUUCUGUACCCUAUGUGGUGGCCAGGAGUAUUGUCCCUUUCUUAGGUUUUCCAUUUGAAGUAGAGAACUUGGUGUUGAGAAGAAUUUACCCAUUCCUCCUUGCCUGCAUAAUUUGUGUGUUGAUUCUAAUAUUUCAAAUUCGCCAGUUUAAAAGACUUUAUGAGCACAUCAAAAACGACAAGUAUUUAGUGGGUCAGAGACUAGUCAAUUACGAACCGCAUUCGGCAGCCAAUGUCGUGCCCAAGAUGCCUUCCUCAUAAAAUGACUCACAGUCAGUGGACGGGAACAGACGAGGAGCAAUAAUUGCUGAUUUGAUACUUUUAGUUGGUGUACAUAGUAUUGUCAAAUCACUGCAUUGUUGGUGAUUUUAUUCAGAUAAUAUUUCUAUCAGUGAUAGAAUUUUCUAUAGCUGUAUCCUACACAAAGUGCUGUGUUUUAUCUUUUUGUGAUGGGUUGGGAGAUUCUUUCCCAACCCUUGAGUAUUCCUAUCUGCAUUGGAAUCCUUACAAUAGGCUUCUGUAAGCAGCACUGGCAGACUUGUGGAACUUUCUCCCGCAGAGUUACAUAUACAUGUACAUUGUACAUUAACAUAACCAAACACACAAUGCCACAUUUGAGUGGAAGGGUAUGCAUACAACAUGAAUUGUAAUGAACUGAUUAAUUAAGAGAUAUGUGUGUGUUUGUAUGUAUAUGUGUGUUAUAAUCUGUUAAAAGAGUGAUUUUUUUAUGUUGUGUAGGAGAAGGAUAAUUGUUAGUGUUUGGGGAUGUGGCAGGAAUACUGGUGUGAGAGACUGACUGUAUAAUUUGUGGUAUACCGGUACAUGUAAAUGCUAAGCUAGGCUUAAUAGGUCUUUAUGUGAGAAUCUGUUAAUUGUACAUGUAUGAGUUAAUGCAUGCAGAACCUUUCAUGAUUGUAUGAAGAAAGAAUGCAUUAGAAUGAGUCAAUGUAGGGAUGUAGUUCUGGAUGGGAUUGGGUGAGGGUGAAAAACUAUGUUAGAUUUUCUAAUAUAUUUUUGGUAAAGUAAAGAUCGAGUGUAUCUGUACUGAUGCCAUUGAGUUAAGCUCUCCCCUUCCUUUUUCCUAUUGUCGUAUCGGCCAAUGAUAGGCGAAGGAGGGGCUGAUUGUAAUCAGACUGAUUUAUGUGAUGAUGUUAUAAUGAUGUCAUGAUGACCUUAAUCAUUAUGUACAUGUAUUCAUCCUUAUACAUUUUUGUGAAUAGCUAAAACUUCUGUGAUUUGUGAAGCUUAUAUGUAUUAUUUCGUUCUAUUCUCAACCCUUGUCAUAAAUAACCCUAAAUGUUUAACUUUUCAGUGUGAUAUUUAUAAGUCAUUUAAUCUACAUGUAUAUGGAAAUAAUAAGAUUGUUUUACAUUUACAUUUAUCUUUAAUGUGCAUACUUGAAGACCAUUACUUUGAUUUUUAAAGUGAUUGGAGAUUUAAAAUGUACAUGAAUGAUUUAGACUUAAUUAAUAUUUACAUGAACAUGCAUUUAGAUUGUAGGAUAAGCAGUUAAUGCUCUGAUAUAUGGAAGUGUUAUUUCAUUUAUAUGCAUAUGUACACAAAUAUUUAUUUAAAAAACUCAGCUUCCUGAGAGACAUUUAUAAUAAUUCUUAUCCCCAGAAAACAUUCCUCUUGUAUAAAGAUGUAAUUUGUUGAGUAGACCCCCAGUCAUCAUCUACACAUCAUUACACAGCAUCCCAAAUAAUGUCUGGUUUUAUGUGUCAGUGAUUGUGCCAAAUAUCUUUGUUUUAUUUGUGUCUAUGAGUGAGUGGUACCUGUAUUACGAGGGAUUAUCUCCGUGAUGGAUUAUCUCAAAUUCUAUGUAAAUUUUUGACCACAGACAUAAACACACAUAAAUGAAUCAAUGCCUUUGUUUGAUUUGUCAUUACAUGUAAUGUGAGCUGUUAAAACCUACCACAGACAUAAACACACAUAAAUGAAUCAAUGCCUUUGUUUGAUUUGUCAUUACAUGUAAUGUGAGCUGUUAAAAUCUACCACAGACAUAAACACACAUAAAUGAAUCAAUGCCUUUGUUUGAUUUGUCAUUACAUGUAAUGUGAGCUGUUAAAAUCUACCACAGACAUAAACACACAUAAAUGAAUCAAUGCCUUUGUUUGAUUUGUCAUUACAUGUAAUGUGAGCUGUUAAAAUCUACCAAUGAGCAUUUCUAGUUCAGUUGAGUUUUUUUCUGUUGAUGAAUUAUUUUUGUUUAAUUCCUGGUUUCUGCAAUGGUAGAAAUUAAAUCUGUGUUGAUUGUUUCCUAAUGAAGAAAUAGAAAUACCAUAAAUAAAUGAUAGAAAUUGUCUCAUUUCA